AUGGAACUAUCUAAUCAGAAUAUGAGGAAACGACGUCUUAGACAGCGAGUGUCUACGGGGGAUUUGACUGAAGGAUCUAAGGUAGAUGCAAGCAAGCAGUUGUUGAAGACUAGGUUAUGCAUAUUGUAUUUGGAAGGGAAAUGUAAAUACGGCAAGAAAUUCGCUCAUGGGGAGCACGAGCUUUGCAAAUCCAAUCCCAAUACUCCAGCUGACUCACGUGGAACAUCCCCCCGACAUGCUGGACAUCAUUUUGACAGACAUAUAUCACUGGACUUGAAUGAUGACCAUAGAGGAUUGCUGCUCGAAUUCCCAUCAUCGACUCAUACCAUUAAUCAGAGAGAUCUCGCAGUCUAUAACUAUCACUCUAUGGACGAUAGUGACAUGCAGUUGGUAAGUGGUUUAGUAUUUCCUAGAUUAGCGAGAAGAAACUCUAAGCAGCAGGAUGGUUCGUUAAUAAUACCUCCUGUACGUACCUCUACCAUGCAUGGUCAUCAACAUGUCAAUAGUCAGUCCAAAACGUCGAGCCUAGAUCACGCUAGUCAGGGUUUGGCUGACCUCAGUUCUAUUUUUCUACCGUCGGAUAGGAAGAAGAUUCUUGAUAGUAGCAGCACAUGCUGGUCGCCGAAGGAACCGCGCAGGUCUACUGCGGGACGUCCUAUCGAUGCUUUUCCCAAGACUACACCAAUAACAUCAUCGCUAAUACCCAACACUAUCGAACCGGACUUCACUUGUGAAAUGUGCGAAUCGGCGGUUCAGAUGGCUGCUGAUCCUGAUAAUCGUAAGAUAUUCUAUCCCUGCGGUCAUGGUACUGUCUGUGUCAAAUGUGCAGAUGAGGUUAUUAUGCGGCGUAUGGUAUGCCCUUUUUGCUCUUCGAGUGUUACACACACAUUGCCAGUUUACAUACCCAUUCAGGCCAUUACUGCUUCGCUGCCGUAAUCAGUGCGGGGCGAUUAAAAACAACAAAAAUCGGCGUAUCGAAGGAUGAGCUCUAACACAUGUCUUAUGGCAUCGUAUUAUUUUACUCCUGGCCUCUUUUCGCAGUAUGUAUGCAAUUUUAGUAAUUUUGGAAGAUCUACUAUCUCAGUGGUUCCUCUGAUCAUGUGCUUAUUGGUAGAGCGAAUAUAUCCAACGAUGAGAUAUAAUAAUUCUGUGUGAAGAUUGUCACUUUCGUCGCUUUUCUUACGACUACUAUCAUAACCAUUGAGAUGGUUGAUCGUUCCGACGAAAUUCAUAUUAAAAGCAGCAGCUGAAGAUCGAACCGGUUAUUUUUCUCGUAAUCCAUUGCAGUCAGUACAUCAUGUAACUCAUUAGUGAAGUCAUGAGUCUAGGUUGAUGGAUGAUUGCAAAGUAUUGUAUACUUACUGUGUUCUUCUUUUGUGUAAAGGCAACAAGACGUAUGAAUAAGAUUAACAGCGUAUUGCCUCUAUUUUAUGUUUGCAGUAGUCAUACAACUGACUGUCGGACAGUAAGGGAAUUGUUAACGUCAACAUAAGGCUGGGCGCAUUUGGGAUUUGUACCCGCUUAGUAGUACUCAGAUGAUGAUGAGUGACUUCUGCCCAUUUUAUGUUUCAUAUUCAACUAUUGAACGAUGGUUCGGAUGUUGCGAAGACGGAGAACUCUCUCCGCUCGUCUCAGUCUAUUAAGACCUUAUUUGUAGGAGCU